AUGUCUUCUCCUUCGUUUUCUUCUUCUUUUGUUGAUUCUUCGUCGUCCUCGUCUCACGUGUCGUCGAGGCGAACGAGAGGCACGAGAAGACUCAAGGGUGGUGUUUUGGUCGCGUCGUUUAGCGACGCAAAGGCGAAGGACGAUAAAGAAGAAGAAUCAGAGAACAAAAUGGUGGUCAGCAUAACCGGCGCGACUGGGUUCGUCGGCACGAAACUGGUGGAAAGUUUACUGAAAGACGGACACGAGGUGCGAGUGCUCACUCGGUCGAUAAAACAGGCGAAGAAAAAAUUGAAACCGGAAACGUUACCGAAAGGAACGCUACUCUUAAUCGAACCGACGAAAUGGCCGUUAGGGAUUAAAGGAUCCACGCACGUGGUCAAUUUAGCCGGAGAACCAAUCAGUACGCGAUGGGACGAGAACGUGAAGAAAGAAAUCAUGAACAGCCGAGUGAAAGCGACCGAGGCGGUGGUUUCGGCGAUAGCGAACGUGAAGGAGGAAAGUAAACGGCCGAAGGUUUUGGUGACCGCGAGCGCGAUUGGGUAUUACGGGACGAGCGACGAGGAGACGUUCGAUGAGUCGAGCAACUCGGGGAAGGAUUACUUAUCGAGCGUGUGUCGAGCGUGGGAGAAGGCGGCGAAGAAGGCGGAGGAGAUGACGAACGGCGAGACGAGAGUCGUGUUUGUGAGGUUGGGGAUUGUUUUAGAUAGAGACGGAGGCGCGUUGGGGAAGAUGUUGCCUACUUUUCAGCUCUUCAUGGGAGGUCCGAUUGGUGACGGUGGUCAGUGGUUUUCGUGGAUUCACAGGAAAGAUGCGGUGAAGAUUAUUAGGGAGAGUUUAGUGAACGAAGAAUUGAAAGGCGCGAUAAACGCGACUGCGCCGUUUCCGGUGAAAAUGAGGGAUUUGACCAACUCGUUAGGGAAGGAGUUAGGGAGACCGAGUUGGAUGCCGGUUCCAGAUUUCGCGUUGCAAGCGCUUUUAGGAGAAGGGAGCUCGUUAGUGUUGCAAGGACAGAAAGUGUUGCCAAAGGAGCUCUUGAGAGAAGGAUAUCGAUUCGAGUACGAAACGAUUACCGACGCUUUGAAUGAGAUUGUCAACGAAUAA